UCAGAGUCUGAUCCUCUGCAGAGAUCAGAUGGAUCCAGAAAACCAGAUGGAGAACCGAGACGGUCUCUGGUUCUGGUUCUGACUGACGAUGGAGGAACCCAGAACAGAACCUGGUCCAAUCAGCAUCCUCCACCUGAUGGAGCUCCUCCCCCUCAACAGGUUUGUCUGCUGCUCUGAUCCCUUGAUGUGGAGGAAGGAGGCGGGUUCAGCUCAGUGACAGCAGCUGAACUGAAGCUUCAGAUCAGUCAGAGCUACGAUGAGACCAACAUCUCUACCAGCUUCACUCUUUCUGACCUUCUUGGUGUCCUGCACAGUGGCUGAAGUUCUCCCAGUUCAACUGACUGUGAAUCCCAGCAGAUCUCAGUUCUUCAGAGGAGAAUCAGUGACUCUGAUCUGUGAGGAUGAAAACAGAUCUGAAGGAUGGACUGUGAGGAGAAACACAAGCAAAGGAACCAGGACUGAAUGUAAAGAUGGAUGGGGAGAAGAUGAUGGUUCUACCUGUAACAUGACCUUCCUCUUCCCAGAGGAUACUGGUGUGUACUGGUGUGAGUCCAGGUCUGGAUCCUCCAGCAGCAGCAGCAGCAGCAUCCAGCUCUCUGUCUCUGGUGGAUCAGUGAUCCUGCAGAGUCCUGUCCUCCCUGUGAUGGAGGGAGAUGACGUCACUCUGAGCUGCAGAGCAAGGAAUCCAACCCACAACCUCCCAGCUGCUUUCUAUAAAGAUGGCUCCUUCAUUGGUGAUGGAUCAUCAGGUCACAUGACCCUCCUCCAUGUUUCCAGCUCUGAUGAAGGCCUCUAUAAAUGUAACAUCAGAGGUCAUGGAGAGUCUCCAUCCAGCAGGAUCUCUGUCAAAGAGAAACCAUCAACCACAUCUUCCCCAUCAACUCCUCCUCCAUCAUCAUCAUCAUCAUCAUCUUCCUCCCAGUUUCUCCUCUAUGGUCUCUCGUCUCUAUCAGCUGUUGUUCUACUGGUUUUACUGGUUUUCUUGGUCAAACGUCACAUUAACAGGAAAUCUAAAGAUGAUCAGGAAGAUGGAGAGGAAAGUUUAACUUACAGUGAUGUUCAAAUAUUACAGAGGAAACAACAGAAACCAAACGGAGCUCUGAGGCGGCGCUGCUUCACUACUGUUCUGUACGCCACCAAGACAGAAGAAGAAGAAAAACUUUGAUGCUGAAACUCCUGGAGACAGAAAAUGUUGUUGAUGUGAAACUGGAUCCACUGACAACAGGAAGAAAACAUCAGUUCUAUAACUCAGAGAGCUUUCUGUAAUAAACUGGAAACAUUAGAAAGUUGUUCAUUCACAAGAAUCUGAUUUAUGAUUCUUACAAUAAAUUCAUGCAGAAGAAUAAAAUCAAGUCCAGAAAAAUGUUCACCUGUCCAUCUGAAUAUGUUUGAGUUUUUCUCUGUAAGGCCUCAUGAAUGUAUUUCAUGUUUCAUUCUCAGUGUUCAGUCUCAUGUUUUCAGAAACUGUUUGGAUUUGAAAUGUCUGAAUGUUAAAACC